UUUCAAACUCCCACAAAACUAUCGACCAAACAAACGAAACCAAACAAACAAAUUCAAACACUCCCUAUUCCAACACGUUCAUCAUGCCGGUGAAAACACUUUCCUCCGACGAUUGGUUCGAAAUUGCGCUGCUAAAGCAAACCACCUCCUCGAUUACCUUCCAGUGGACAUUCCGGAACCCGCUCGCUGUGCCGUACGAUCUGUUCAAGGUGGAAAAGUGCUACAGCGUCAAGCGGGAUCGCUGGGAAACGGUGUACUGGGGCGCCGGUACGACCCUAACCGUGCGCUGCCUCGAGCAGAACCUCUGCUACUCGUUUCGGGCAAGCAUCCUGCAUCAACCGUCGGACGGUGCCGACUUCCAGUACGCCUAUCAGUCGCCCAUCUUCAAAGCGUGCACCCUGCCAAACAUCCCCUCGACGAUGGGACUUUACCGGGCGGUCAAAAAGUGUCAGCCCGGUUUGGUGAAGCGGCUACUUCACGCUCGCCCCGAGCUCGUCAACGUGCCCGUGCACGGUGAAACGUUCCUGUAUCUGGCCGUGCGGAGCAACAGCCUCGAGCUGAUCAAUGCGCUGCUCGAUGCGGGCGCCAACAUCGAUCUGGGCGUUCCGGAUACGGGCGUAACGCCCCUGCAUCUGGCAGUGUACCGGCGCAAUCUGACGCUGGUGCGUCAUCUCAUCGAGCGGGGUGCCAACGUGCAGGCACAGAACUGUGUCGGUAUGACGGUGGGACAUUAUGCGGUCGAUGCGAACGAUGUGAACAUGCUGAAGUACGUGCUGGCCCAGGGUGUCAGUGCGGAGACACGCGAUCGCUGCCAGUGGACACUGAUCUUCCGGGCGCUCUACAUGCGCACAUGCGUCGAUAUCGUGCGCCAUCUGCUGGAACGAAAGUGCCGACUGAAGGUGAAGGACAGGCUACGGCUGACACCGCUCUACUACGCACAGCUCUGGGGACAGGAGGAGAUUCUGCGCUUGCUUAGAAGGAGGUUAAAGAUCUGAUUAAGCUUGAGUGAAAAUAGAAAGCCCAAAAGACACAAAGCAAAGGAAUAACACAUGG